UACCUCUCCUAAGAUCGACAAAGAACACAAGAGUUGGACAAUGACCCUUUGUUACCAUUUAACCCAUGAAAGCCAAACAGAGCCGCACAUAUCGUUCGCCAGAACAAUGCCUUGUGCUAUGUCCAUAGUUAGCUCCAUACAAUCCAUUCUUCUCGCAAAACAACCUAUUCCCUUCCCUCCUUAAAUUCUUCCCCGUCCCCUGUUCCUAUUCCCAUCUCUCCAAGGCCAACUGAAACCCCCUGAAUCUCACUAACAUCAACUCAUCGCCAUGACGUCAAACACACGCCUCAUUUUCGACCCCCACGGCGCAAAAUGCCACAAGCUCCUUACCUUCUACCGCCUCUGCGGCCACGUCGAGACCUCCUACCUGCACACCUCCAUGUGCGCACUCGCCAUACGCUCUGGGCUCCAGCCCGGGCUCGCCGGGCUGACAUUCUGCUGGUGUCCAUUCCCACUAUCAACCCACCUGACAUACUGUGUCGGUAAGUGCAAUGUCUGCCAGGAGACCGAAGAGCCAGGCGUGAAUCGUGCUAACGAGCCGCAUCGGAAUGUACUGCGUGGCAGCCAAGCGAGCGUUAGCUGGACGAGGAGAUCUUAUACUGCGGAGAAGAUACGGAUGCUGGCUAAAAAGUGGAGGGGCUUGGUUAAAGAACAGGAACGUAUGGUAGAUACGAGGACUGAGAGGCUGAAGGGGGUAAAGGAAGUGGAGCGUACGAGACGGGAGAGAGAAUUGCAGUGGGAACGUGCGUGGGAGCAGCAUAAGAGAGAGACUGAUCCAGACCACCAGGCGCCCAUUAUACAUGGGGACGCGUUGUUUGAGAAUGGGACUGCGGUAAUCAGAACCUUCGAGCAGCGCCGACGAGUAAAGAUCCUAGAUCUCACGGACGAUUUUUCGAGACCACGCACAGAAGAUGAUCUGCUAGAGAUAGCACCUAAAGUCACUCCCAAGGAUGGCGAUUGCAGUAUUUGCAUGAACAAACUUUUCGAGCCUUCGUUGUUUUCGGUCGACAAUGCUGAAGACGCUGUGGUGCGCUUCCAGGGCGGUUGCAGACAUGCUUUCCAUCGCCAGUGUAUCAUCACACUGUUGAUCACUGACAAGGCACAGUGUCCGACGUGCAGAGCUCUUCAUAAAUUUGUGCUUAAGAACGGGUUUGAUGACCCGAAAUUCAGAUGGAUCUUGGAGAAUCCUAGGGACACUUUGCCCGGACAAGUCGCUGAACAUAGACUUUGGCAGGUAUCAGGAUAUCUUCCUUUUGCACAAGAGUUGGACGGUAAGGACUUCAAACCCUUUGAUGUGGAGGACCGGUGGGGUGAUCUUGAAGCCCGCUAAUCUACUGGAUCCAAGCUUUGUACUUCUGGUCGUGUACCUUUGCAAUUGACCCAGUGAUAUGUAUUAUAAUUAAAACAUUUUGUACACUACAAUAUUUAAAAUUCCAGUAAAUCACUCUUAAAUGGCAAUUGCUAGUGAGAUUGCGAGAAGGUUAAUGAAUGCCAGGUAGAAUUGGACGAAAUCAAACUCGUAAUUGGAAACUAAGAGGGACUGCGUCCAACAACAGGCCUCAUUAUCCUGUUGAGUAUUGGAAUUGCGUUGAAAAUAAACUCGAGGAUCUCGAAAGACAGCAAGGAGAAGUUAACGCAACAGAAAGUCCUUGAGGUAAAAGAAACACUCUUCGCAAACUUCAAUCAUUCCGUAACUGAACCGGAGUCUCGACUUCAACCGACUGUGUAUAUUGAAACAAACACGUGAAAUAAAACCAAGAAGAUCAACCUCCAGACUUGCCGU